UGUCACAAGACGCGGGAUUAGCGCAUUGCUGGAAUAGCUGUCUGUUUACACUCCGGAGCCCCGCCGGCCUGUAAACACUUUCUAAUUGAAUUCUAAUCACAUUCAAAUAGCUCCAUAACCAGCCUCAGCUGCAAUUCAUAAAACUUUAAUUGCCAUCCAUAAAUCCUCAGUUCGCGGCUGCGGAGCGUCCCUAAAACUCUGCGGCAUCGCGGCCGUCGAGGGGAGCCAGGGCCGCCCGUGUCCCCUCUGACGGGGCUGGGGCAAAGCGCUGAGCCCCGGGCCGACGGAGAACCAUCCCGAUCGGAGGGCGGGCAGCGGUAUCUGUGUCUCUGGUGGUGUUUUUCUCGAUUUAAAGAGUGAAUGGGAUAAGGAGGAUGUCCGCGUCCCUGCUCUGCGCUCGCCUAAAGGCGUGAAGGCUGCCGAUUUCUCUCGGGCCGCACUCUGGCAAUCAGCCGUACUCUGCGUUUUCUGCCUUAGAGCACAAUUGUCGCUACCCUGCGCCAGCCGAGCGGCGCGGGAUGCGCGGCCGCUUCCAAAUGCCGCGUCGUAUCUGCCCAACAGGAGUGCGAUCGCCCUUCCUCCGCCGAGGAGUCUUCUUAAACUCCCAUAAAACAGGUCAUUGGAAAAUCGCGUAAUAUGCCGCAAAUACCUCGGCUCUUUAAUGCAAUCUGAAAUGCUCGGGAGCCACCGACCGUAUUUAGCUGUUUAUCCAAUUUUACUUUGAAUGAUUGCUUCAGCACACUCGGUGCACAUCAAAGCGGCCCCGGCACGGCCGCCUUUCAGCAGCGCUGCGCUCCGGUCCCGGGGCGGCCGGGCACUUCGCGGGGCAUUGGCGUUGUGGUAGCACUGGGCCGAGACGUGUGCCGGUGGGGAAGGCUUUGUCCGCCGCGCUCAGUGCCAAUUUGGAGGAAGCUUCGGAUGGGGUGAGAAGAGUGAAAAUAAUAAUAACAAUAACAACCAACACCAAACCCUGUGAGAAGAAGGGUUGAUGGACACAUAUAGGUGCACCCCAUCCCGAAUUCCCUACCUAUAUCCACAGCAGCGACCCGAGCUCCUCCGCUCGGAAGCGGCCUCCCGGUGCCCCAGGGGAGCCCCGGUCCGGCCGCGAGGGCAGCGCUGCCGUUUUGCUCCUACGCAUCCCCUCGCUCUUUCCGUGCGGGAUGCAGAGGUGCAGCCGGGCAGAUCCCAGCACAAUGUUUCACGCAAGUUUCUCUCCCCUCCGGCUCUGCUGCUGGACGGAUGCGAGGUCACCGCUCCCACCCCCCCUUCCCUCGGCUCCCACGCUCUCACAAUCUGUCUGGGACGAAGGCGAAGACUGAAGCCAUCGGGCAGCGAAAAAGCACGCGCGCACACUUGGUGCCCCCCUCCCCUCUCCGUUCCCCUCCCCUCCCCCUCCCUUCGCCGCCUCUCCCGCCGGCCUGAGAAGCUGGGCAGAUUUAGGUCCGAGAGGCUUUCAGCCAUCACGUGUUUAAAUAGUUGAUAUAAAACCCCCAGCGCAGGGGAUCCAGGCGGGGGGACUUUAAGACCAGCCCUCUCCGGGGACCCUUUUGUUCGCCUCUCCAACAUAAGCACCUUCUCGCCUCGCCAGGACUUCAGUGGCAGCCCGGUCGGCAGCAGCGCAGCCCGCCGCGAUGUCGCGCUCCUUCUAUGUGGACUCCUUAAUCAUCAAGGACUCCUCGAGGCCGCUGCCGGCCCUGCCCGAGCACCACCACCACCACGGCCAGGACUUCUUCAUCCCACUCGGCGUGCCGUCCCCCCUCGUCAUGUCGGUGGCGGGCCCGGGAUGCCCGUCCCGCAAGAGCGGGGCCUUCUGCGUCUGCCCGCUCUGUGUCACCUCGCACCUGCACUCCUCCCGCGGGGGGGGCGGCGGCGGCGGCGGUGGCGGCGGGGCCAUCCCGCUGCUCAAGGGCCAGUUUCCCCCCGCCGCAGCCGCCGCCGCCGCCGGCGAGGCCCAGUGCUGCCCGCGGGGCAGCCCCGCCGCCCCCCCUCCGCAGCCCCCGCCGCCUGCCGUGCCAGCCGCUGCCCUGGGGCACCCGCCGCAUCACCCCCCCGCCUGCGCGGCCACCGCCUACAGCGUCAGCGACCCGCGGAGGUUCCACUGCCUCGGCAUGGGAGGGUCCGAUUCCAGCCAGAUUCAGAACGGGAAGAGAAUGCGGACGGCGUUCACCAGCACGCAGCUCCUCGAGCUAGAGCGGGAGUUCUCGUCCAACAUGUACCUGUCCCGGCUGCGCCGCAUCGAGAUAGCCACGUACCUGAACCUUUCCGAGAAGCAGGUGAAGAUCUGGUUCCAAAACCGCCGCGUCAAGCACAAGAAGGAGGGCAAAGGCGCCCCGCGGAGCUCUCACGGCGGCUGCAAGUGCAGCACGGGCCAGGGCCACUUCCCCAGGUCAGAGGACGAGGAGUCCCUGUCCCCAUCCUCAGCCACCGAGGAGAAGGAGAUCUCCCCGCUUUGAACCGUCGGGGGCACCUCGAGCACCGCCGUCGGAGCCCGCGGGCAGAGGCUGUCGGUGCGCCCAGCGGUGGGAGCUCAGCCACGGCGCUGUGUGCGGACCCCGGGACGGGCACCUGUCCUGCCCAGCUCGGAGCGCGGACCCGGCCAGGGGGUCCUCCCCACCUCUCCCCAGAGCGGUUCGAAGGAAGAAAAAGCCGCCCGAAUUAUUUCGGACAGAAAGCCGAGACUUUAAAACCUUGAAGGAACUCGUAGGCUGAGAACCUCCUGGACGAACUUUCUGAAAGUGAAUAAGGAAGGCAGUAAAGCACCAGUCGCUUGGGUUCGGGCCGUCGGUUUGUUUGUGAAUAGUUUUAUAUA